AUGGUCAUUGGUGGAAUACGAAAUAAGAAAGGGGCCUCAACGGCCGCUAGGGAAGUGGAAACAGGACGAAGGGCGGGUGUGGAGCGCCGUAGCCGACGUCUUCCAAGUCGGCAGUGGCAUGCGGUCAUGUGGCCCACCAGCGUCGGCACUCGAUGGGUGGCCAGCACCCGUGAUCUUUCUUUUCCAAUCCUGGCUUGA